UGAAAAGUAGUCAUGUUCCUUUCACUGCCUACGCUGACAGUGCUCAUCCCACUGCUCUCCUUGGUUGGCUUGUUUUAUUCGGCCACCAUGGAUGAAAACUUCCCACAGGGCUGCACCAGCACAAACAGCUUAUGUUUUUACAGUCUGCUGCUUCCUGUUACAAUCCCCGUGUACGUGUUCUUCCACCUGUGGACCUGGAUGGGCAUUAAACUUUUUAGACACAACUAAGGCAGGCAGACAGCCCGAGGGCACUGCCCAGUGGGCUCAUCAAUCACAGGGCCUCUGCGGUAGUUGUGUAGCUUAUCUUAGCUGUACACUAAUAUUAUGUUCCAUGUAACUGGAAUGGUCUCUUCCUCCCUUGCUCUCUCUCAGUAAUGAUGACCUUUAUCACCAUCCUCCUGGCACUUCACAAUGAUCUUCUACAGAGGACUUUGUGUAUGACUGCUUAAUUUCUGUCAGGAAAGACAAUUAAGUACUUUUGCCCUUGUCCCUCAAAAUCCAGAGGUGCACUGUAAUGGUGUGAAAGCAUAUUACAGUGGGUGUUUGUCUUUGCCCUGAAUGACUCCAUGUACUGACUGAGAUAUAGUUUAAUUACUUAACCAGGUUGUUAUAAUAAACAGUAAUGUGGGCUGCUCUUUAAAGAUGGCACUGUUCGUCUUUAGGUGCGUUGCUAGGUUGAACAGAUUUAUUCAUGAAAUGCUUCUGUCACUGUGCUAUGAAAAUGCAGCGUAAUAAAUCAAAACACUGUGCAACAGCAAACUUGUCUGUGCAAAGAAUUUUUUUAAUCCAUGUGAGCUUUAGACUUUUUAGGAUCACUGCAGCCAUGUUUUGAGGGCAGUCAUUCAUGCACAUCCAACACAGCACAUCUUUU